AUGACUCCCACGAAUACAUCGCCAGAGCGAAAGGGCAGGGCGGUGCGCUCGUCCCUGGCAUGUCUGCCCUGCCGCUCGCGUCACCUGAAGUGUGAUGGGAAGCGACCGUGUUGCAGCCGGUGCGCGGAGACCGCGAGAGACUGCGAUUAUGCGAGAUCGCGCCGCGGCGGCUUGAACCGCGCAGCGCUCGCAGAGAGGCGUAGAUGCCCUGCUGGGGUAGCUGGGGACUCGAAUUCCCAGUCAUCGACGAGGAUCCGGCAGGGUCGGAGCUCGACGUCGCGAUCGAGGGAGGCGGACUCGCCCGGCAGUGGUGGGCUACUUUAUGCCAUCAGUACGGGGGACGAGGCCGCUGGUGUUGCGUCGCCCGCGGCAACUCGAGUGCAUACGGAUGCCAUGGGGAGUGAUACGUUGAUCGACGCAUAUUACAUGAGCUUCCACCGAUUUCAUCCGUUCAUCCUCCCCCAGAAACACCUCACGCGGCUCUAUCACGAUCCGAGCACACAGUCUAGACUCCGGCCACUACUUGCCAUCUUACGGCUGAUUGGAAGUAUCAUGAGCUCGCGAAGAUGGUCAGCUUCGCUGAAAGAUCAUGUUGAGGCCUGUCUCGCAGAAGCACCGCCUACGGACCCAACCAUGGUUCAAUGUCGCCUGUUGUAUUCCAUGGUGUUGUUCUGGUACGGCUAUGAAGCCGACGCCAAGCGGGAAAUGGACAUGGUGGUCCGACUCGCGACUGAUCUCCAAAUGUAUCUCCGGGAUUUUGCGGUGCUGCACGGGGGCGAGGAUGCUGCUCUCCGGGAAAGCUGGAGAAGGACAUGGUGGAUGGUGUAUAUCAUCGAUGCUUAUUACGCAGGGACUCUGGGGACUAACACGUCCGAUUUGUGGAAUAUUGACAUUACAGCUGAGUUACCGUGUGAAGAGCACGAGUUUGAGUCGGGGGAGAUCCCCAAGCCCAAAUCUUUGAGUGAGUUUGAGUCACGCGAAUUCGCCUUGGACAGUAUCCCAUUCUCCUCGUUUGCCUACCUGAUUGGCGCCGUACGAUGCAUGGCCCUGGCAAUGUCCACAGCCCCGAAGAGCGCCAGCAAGCAAGACCCAACCCAUAUCAUGCAGGCCGCCGACUCCUUCCUUGACGGAUGGCGGCUGCUGUUACCGAAAAACCGCAAGGAGAUCAUAUCGAAGUCAGGAGAAAUCGACGAAUUGAUGUUUCAAGCACACAGCCUCAUCAACAUAACAACAAUCGCCAUCCACCGACCAUUUUCCGACCUCAAAUUCAACCCCGUAGAGGAUGUCUCCAGCUGUGCCCGGGAGCCCCCAUCCAACACCCCGGUAUCAGAUUCUGCGAAUAUGCACACUGUACGCGUUCUUCGAUCUGUUGAGGCCCAGGUUCGCCUGCUAGCCUUACCGACACGCCAGUUCCACCAUACCCCGUUCGUUACAUGCAUGAUCAGCGGCGGAGCACUGUCCCUGCUAUCAGCAUGUAGAUUUGUGCUCCAGGGAAAGGACCUGGCGAUUGCAAGGGGCCAAAUUCGCAUGACUAUCGGGUGUCUUUUGGCGAUCGGCGAGGUGUGGCCGCGGGCUGCCAGGAAUGUGCGCGAGAUUCAGAUCAUUGCGCGCCGUGUGCUCGACCUUGAGACCGGGACGGCGAGCAAGAGUGAAACAGCCAGAUCUAGCGACGUGCCAAGUCUGUCGGAUGGCGAAGAACAGGAAGGUACCGCCCCGGAUGUCGACGCUCCCAUCAAUGACCCUGAGGUCUUCCCUUCGUUUGCAUCAAUCGACAGCCUCGGCGGGUGGUGCAAUUUGAGCGACCUGGAUCUGGACCUUUCGUGGGGAUUGAAUAACGGAUCAGGAUUUUGA